CAUCAAAAAUAGAACCAUACAGUCAAUGGAUAGAACACAGAGAAGCUCUUUCAGAGUUCUAUGGGCAGCACUUGGGCAGCACACACAGUCAAAAAAAAGUCUACCAGAUCAAGUGAGCAACCUUGUGAGGACACCAUUAUUGUUUUAUUCGCAGGUGAAUCAGCGGGUUUCUUAUGCAUGGAUAGUACAUGGACAAAGAAAGCAGCACCUUUCCACUAUAUGCUCCGCGCCAAUGGCCAGAGUGAGGUUUGGCAUGAUUCAUUUAAAGAUGCCAAGUUGCGUCAAUUUGGAUGGCGUUGCUCCACCAGUGAAAACGCCUAUACCACUAACACCUUGAUUGGCAAUUGGUCUGAGCAACGGUUUGAUAUGCGUUACUCUACAAAAGUACGCCGGCCACUGCCCUCUCAGUUUUCUGACUACUUUGAAACAACUUAUAGUUCAACCUACAACAAAGAUGAGAAAAAGCCCACUCAAAUCCCCCAUGCGAAGGAGCCUAGAAGCUUCCCUGGACAUCAGCCUGAGUUGGAUCCUCCGCACACCAAGUGUGUAGCAGACUCCAGCUAUAGACAGGACUUCAGAGCACAUGGACGAGAGCAGGAAAAAUGGUGAAACCUCACAAUACCCACAGGACAUCACAGUCUCCCAGGACCAGUAGGAUAGCUCCCUGGCCUUAAAUACAGCAAACUCAAUAAUUUUUA